GUCAAAGUUAAUAAAGAAAAAAAAAAGAAACCGGAAAAACUCAAAAAAAUAUUUUCUUAUCCAAACAGGUCACAGGAAGAGAGUGAUAGAGAGAGAGACGCGAAGCUCUUAAAAAAAAUGGCGAUAACACCUCUACGAAUCACCAACCCAUUCCCAUCUCUGCGUUUUAUUCCCGCCGGGAAAUCCAAUGCUCCGAGACUCCUUACCUUCCGCGCCACCGACGUUGAGUCCACGGAGGAGACUCAACCCGACCCGGAAACAACAACCCAGUCAGAAUCCGGCACUGAUCCGGACCAAUUCGAGUCUCGUCUCUCAAACAUCAGACUCAGAUACCGAAGCGGGACGGGUAAGAAAGCAGAAGUGAGAAAAUCGAAGAAAGGGUCAAGUGGGUCUCCGUCAAAAGGCUCGGGAAUGUAUUUGCCGCCGGUAAGCUUGAAAGAGGCGGUUUCAGGUGGUUUGAAAGUGGAAUUAGGGUUUAGCUCGUACAGUGAAAGGAUCAACGGGAGGAUUGCGGGAUUAGGGCUCAUGGCUUUGCUUCUUGUUGAGCUUGCGACGGGUAAGAGUGUGUUGAAUUACCACACGCCUUCUGUGGUGUUUCUUCAGAUCUAUUUUGUUGCGGCUGUUUCUGCUAUGUUUGUCAAGAUUGAGAAGGAAAAGGUUAGUGUUUGGCCUAAGGAUUAAGAAAGACUUGAGAGAUUGUGAAAUGUUGUUGCUUUUGUGUUUGAAAUGUGUAAUGCUUUUGUUUAUGUAUGUAUGUAUUUGUAUACUCACAGAGUUCAAGAUUAUGGAUAUAAGAUUUUACCAAUAAAGAAUCUCACUUUGGAGGAGUUUGUUGUUGUU